AUGUGCCCUGGCGAGAAGCGCACAUUGACCAUUCAACCCGAGUGGGCAUACGGUAGCAGAGGCAUGGGACCCAUUCCUGCCAACAGUGUGCUAGGUAUGCGACAUCGUGUCUUUUUUGAACGAGAAGAUGUGCUAACAGGUUGCANNGUGUUCGAGACUGAGCUGGUCAGCAUUGCUGGCGUCAAGAAGGACGAGCUCUAG